ACUAAACUCAGUCUUAACGAGAGACUUUAACAGCACUCCUUAAUCUGAUCCGUGCCAGACCAAAGAAGACGAAGAAGAAGAAAUCAUGGUGGUGGCCGGAAAGAAAAGCACCAGCAUAGUGAGCAAAGCUUGUAAAUUGUGAAGAAUUGUGUGAAAGCGAUACACAAUGGGAAGUGGGUACGAUGAUGGAUCGUUCGUGAAGAACAGAUAUUGGAUUCUCAGACACGGCAAAAGCAUCCCUAAUGAAAAGGGUCUCAUUGUCUCCUCACUGGAAAGUGGAAUGCUUGAAGCGUAUCAAUUGGCUUCUGAUGGGGUUAGUCAGGCUCGUUUGGCUGGAGAAUCUUUCCUCAAGGCAACUAAGGUUAGAAAGGACAAGCAUUUGAAAGAAAAUGAAAUUGAUCUGAAAAAUGUCCGAAUCUGCUAUUCACCAUUCUCAAGGACCAAGCACACUGCAAAAGAAGUUGCUUCUGUCUUAAAUAUUCCAUUUGAAGGCCCACAAUGCAAGGUUGUGCAUGAUAUUCGAGAGAGAUUCUUUGGCUCUUCGUUUGAGCUGCAAUCUCAUGAUAAAUACCCUGAGAUUUGGAACUUGGAUGAGAAAGAUCCCUUUAUGCAGCCUGAAGGUGGAGAAAGUGUUGCGGAUGUUGUCACCAGGCUCGCAAGAGCUUUGGCAAUAAUGGAAUCGGAGUUUGAAAAGUGCACAAUAUUGGUGGUAAGCCAUGGUGAUCCACUGCAGAUUCUGCAGACAAUUGUGAAUGCAGCAAAAGAACAUGGAAAUUCGACUGAAAAUGAAUUGAUUUCUAGAAUAGAAGCAAUCAGAGUCUCGUCCGUUCUCUCACAGCACCGCAAGUUUGCUCUUAAUACUGGAGAGCUUCGUGAAUUAAUAUAGGCCGCAAUAAUCAAUCUGCAGGCAACAAUUAGAGCUUUCUAAUUUGUUUCUGUUGGUAAUAAUUCCUUAACAUUCGAGACCCUUGAUCGUCAUUUUUUCCAUAUAUUGCUACCACAUUUCAUUUGAAUUUGAAUGAUGAAGGCUGAGGAGCAGCUAGACCCAUGUAAACUUAUGUUUGUUUCGUCACAUGCUGGCGAUCUUGUUCAAGAUUUUUUUUAUUUUUUUUA